GAUCAUGGCUGCAGCCAGACACCAGGACGAUUUAGAGGACGAUCUGACCUGUUCCAUUUGCCUGGAGAUUUACACAAAUCCUGUGAUACUCAACUGUAAGCACAGCUUCUGUCGAAGUUGUAUUGAAGAUUUAUGCCAGGAACAGGGUUCCAGCACGUCUUCUUGUCCAUUAUGUCAAGCAACCUUCAGAUUAGGGGCUGAUCUGGAGAUGAAUUUCCAACUGGCAAACAUAGUUCAGAAAUACGCAAACUUGGAUUUGUCUCGUAACUUUGUUCCCUGUACCUACUGUACCAAGAAGCCCUUUCCUGCUGUUAAAACCUGUCUUAAAUGUGAAGUAUCGAUGUGCUCCAUACAUAUCAGACUGCAUCGAGAAAAUCCAAUGCUUAAAAGCCAUCCUCUAGUAGAUCCCACUGAGAAUCUGGCUGUAAGGAAAUGCACAGAGCAUGAGAAGCUGCUGGAGAUUUAUUGUCAGGAGGACGAGGUUCUUGUCUGCAGUCUUUGUGCUUUGAUAGGAAAUCAUAGGGGCCACUACUUAAUGAGCAUCGGGGAAGCAGCAGACGAACUAAGGAAUCACUUGGAAAAUCAUCGAGAGAAGAUCGGGGUCAAUGCUAAAGCAUUACGAGCAACAAUGAAAGAUCUUCAGAAAGAAAAGUACAUUACAUUGGAUGUGUUGAAGGAAAGGAAAUGGAAAAUUCAGGAUAAAUAUGAUGCUCUGAGGCAGCAGAUUAGAAAUGAAGAGAAAGAAGCUUUUCAUCAGUUGGACAAGGAGAAGCACCGUGCAAUAGGUGAGAUUGAUGACAGGAUCUACAAGCUGCGGAAUACAGUGAAAGAGACAGAGAAAUCUCUGACCACUCUCAAUAACAUUUCAAAAGAGAAAGAAGAUCUCCUCUUCAUACAGGGAUUUAAUUCAAUCACAGUCAUUUUGGAUAAAAUACAGUUGGAAGACGUGAGGAAAUGGAAAAUCGAGCCAACCAAAAAGCAGAGGAACAGAGAGGUGAUGAUCAGACUCUAUGGGCAGACACCGACACUGGAUCCAAACACAGCACAUUGUGGUCUUAUUCUGACAGAUAGUCGUAGGACAGUGUCAUCAUCUGGUCAGACUAAGCAAUAUCCAGACAAUCCCCAGCGAUUUGAUGAGUGGUGGCAGGUUCUCGGCAUCGAGGCAGUGAGCUAUCGCCCCUCUUACUGGGAGGUGACGGUUAGAAAAGAUGGGGCCGGAUGGAAGAUUGGAGUUUGCUACGGGACCAUGAAGAGGAAAGGAGAGGGCGAUGAAUGUGCAUUGGGACUGAACAUAAAAUCCUGGUGUCUUGAGUCGUGGCUGGACACCUGGGGCGACUCAAUUGAGGCUCUGCACAAUAAUGUUAAGACAAAGCUAACAGCAGAUAGACUCACUAAAGUGGGUGUGUACGUGGACUUUGAAGGCGGAAUAAUCUCCUUUUACAAUGUAUCUGGUAGGAAAUUAAUCCUGAUACAUACUUUCCACCAAACAUUCACUGAGCCCCUCUACCCAGCAUUCUGCGCGCAUCCUGGCACAUCUCUGUCCCUAACUGCUCUGAAUGCAAAAGCCAGCCCACCUUCUGAGGAGGGUGACCUUGUCUGACCAAUCUCCUGGAUCAUCUCAAUUGACUGCAUGAAGAUGCUAUAUGAUCUUGUGCGUCUAGACUUCCAAACGGCGUUUGACAAAAUUCAGUAUGCGCAACUCCUUUACAAAAUGAUCUCACUGAGUAUCAAGGAUAUAUCAUGAAAACAGAUCAAUAAAUGGCUAAAGGGAAGCUUAGUCAAAAAAGGAUGUAUUUAAUGGGGUGCUUCACGAGGCUUUACUAAAAUCAUCUCCAGUGCAUGUUAUACUGUCGAGGCAUGAGGUGUAUUUCUGGACUCAGUCCGAGUCAGUUAAAUUUUCGGAUAUCACUAGGCUGGGAGGACUGUGGAUUUAGAGAAGCCAGUCAGAAGAUCUUAGGAAGACAAAUCUAUAGGACAGGCAGCAUGUCUUCUUUAAUUGGGGAUAUCUAUUAUGGUUUAAUUGGGGAUUUAAUUGGGGAUAUCUCUUUUGGUCUAUCUGCUAAUUUGUUUAAUUACUGUAGUGUUUUGUGAGCGAUCUGAAUAAAUAAUAUUUGGAACAUU